GGUCACACAUCCCCUAGCACCGAUUGGAUGAUUCCCCUGUCUAUCAUUGAUUCAGCCCUUUUGAAGAGUGAGAAAACGUAAGGGUGGCAUGUUUUCCUGUCUUCCUAAGUUUAUUAACUUAUCCCGGGAAUGUCAUCAGAAGUUAGAUUGAACGUUGAAAGAAAGCCAUAGAACGUCUGAAAGUGGAGCUAAGGAGCAGUGACCCAGAACUGGAUUGACAGCCAGGAAGACCAAACCAAAGUGAACCCCCUGGCCCAGUGUCAAGACACCUUUAUGAUUGUUCCACAGACUGUAUGACUGAGGUUGUGCGUAGACUCUCUGGGGGCUUCUGCUGAAAGGUCUGUCCACAACCAUGACUCAGUCUGUGCAGGUCAACCCCAAGUUGCCUGAUCUGGGUGCACCGUUUCUAUUCUCCAGUCAGGAAGAGGCGGAUCAACAGGGCUCUUAUUCGGUCCAAACUCCGUAUGGCUUCCAGCUGGACCUGGACUUCCUCAAGUAUGUGGAGGAGAUAGAAAGCGGCCACCACGUCCGCCGGGCACCCGUCAACUCUCGCAGGUCAUCCCAUGGGGUCAAAGUCUCCCAGCGGAGCCCGAAUGUGGGGGGAAGAGCCAGCGGCUGGACCUCAUCAGAGUCCCUCUCCUCACCCGCCAGCGAAGAUGGUCGUGCGCCCCCUCCUCCACCCCCACGGAAUCGCAUCGGCUCUUCUCCCAGUGAGGGGCAACCCCUGUCCCCGCUAUCUGUCCUUAGCCUCCCCCUCUCUGCUAGCGCCAAAGUGCCACCACCACCUCCGCUACGUAACCCCAGGGUAGAGAGGACCCUCCUGGAGACCAGCCUGCGACUGCAGCAGGAGCAGAGCCACCAGCACCAAAAUGGCACCUGUUUCCAGCUCUCUGACCCACCAAAGCAAAGCCCCAGGGCUGUGACUACUCAUGUUACCCCAGCUAGUGCAGCAGCCACAGUAGAUAACCAGCUCUUGCACCUCUUCUCUGCCGCCCCCAGCCCAUCUCAGAAUAGUCUGAACAGACCCAGUCCCCACUCCUCCGGUAGGAGCACCCCGGCCUCUAGCACUGGAAUGGCUACUCUGCCUCCCAGCCAGUUGCAGACUGUGAGAGAGCAGAUGGCCACUGCCCUGAGGCAACUGAAGGAGAUGGAGGAGAGAGUGAAGGGCGUCCCAGUGCUGGAGAGAGAGGUGGCCAAGCUACGGGCUGAGAAAGACAUGCUCCUACUGGCACUGCAGGAGAAGAAAACCUUGGCGGCCCAACAACAGGCUGCAACAGUAGUGAGCAGUACUACCACCACAAUGGUGGACACAGGCACACAGAGUCAGGAAUGUCCUCCUUUUUCCCCCAAGAGUCCUAGAAGUCCCAAGAGUCCAAGCAAAAUAGGGGACCUCAGAAAGCUGACUGAGAAGUUUGAAGGCAAGACUGUGAAAGAUGGAGCACGUUCUGAGAAGGUUGUGGAGAAGAGGUCUGUGGCCGUCGGGGACGACAUGUUGCUGGACGCCGGGUUCUUCUACUACAGCCAAGGUGCCAAGGAUGCCUCAGAGGGCACGCCUCAGGUGGACGUCUGCGAGAAAGGCGUGGCCACGGAGGCACCGGCCUUCCGUGAGGAGUGGGUGCAGGCUGGAGUGGAGACAGAAGAGGCCUCGGUUUGGGUGAUGGAAUCCCAGCUGGGGCUGAGCAGUGAGGUCCAGAGGGAGAUUGACACCCUACAGGACACCAUCAAGUUCCAGCAGGAGUCCAUCUUGGCUCUGGAGGGGCGAGUCGGCCAGGCUGACGAGGACCUGGCGGUGCUCAAAGCCCAGGAGGAUGAGAGGAAAUCCAAAGCAACGUCCGAGAAGGCGGUCCUUGCCAAACCAGACUCAGCCCAUGCCCAAGUGGGGACCGAAGCCUCUACAACAUCCACGCCAGCUUCACAGCAUGUCGCAGUCUCCUGUUGUCCUGAGGUGGUUGACGCUUGUGUAGGUGAGGAUUUGAGAGCCGUACAUUACGACCAGAGCACUCAGACUGACUCUGUGGAGAGCCCUGCAGAAGAAGAACCAAACCCAGUAGCACUGGUCACCACUGGGAGUCAAUGGGAGAAUCUGUACGAGGAUGAGACUAUAGAGCAGAAAGCUCCAGUCACUGCGCUGAAGAAGAGACAGAUGACCAUUGCAGAGUACAAGGUCACCCCUGAGGAGACGGUCAGUUUAGAUGAAGGGAAGGGAGGGAAAGAGGAGGAAACGGCGCCCAGGACACACACAACUCCAACAGUGGUGGAAAGUAUGCUGAAGUCCAUCAUGAAGAAGAAGGAUGGGAGUAGUUCCGGUGAAGCACGUAGCAGCGGCAAGAAGAGCUUGCAGUUUGUUGGCAUUCUCAAUGGGGGGUAUGAGUCGACAUCUAGUGAGGAGGAGGAAGAGGGGAGUUCCUCGGGUGGCAGUGAAGUGGAUGAUUGCUCGGACAGUAGUGAUGGCGAAGAUGGAGAGGCAGCUCUGGAGGAGACCUCCGAUGAAGAGAGGAACAUUAAUAUGGAUGACACCGAUAGUGAUGAUAUGGCCUUAGAAGCAGGGACUGGAGCCACUGAGGACAGUCCAGAUGCAGUGAAAGAGAAAUUUGAGCUGAGUGCAAAAAUGCAUGAGGCUUCUCUCAUUCUGAAGAACCACCUGAAUGAUGAUGUCAAAACACUGAAGAGUAAAGAAGUGCUCUCCAGCAUUCAUACUGUGCAGCUGGAAUGGUUCCGCAUCUCUAGUGCAAAGAUGGCCCAGCCGCCCCGUGUCUCAGACUACCUGAUGGCCUUCACUGAGGUCUCCUCUGCCCUGCUGGCCCACGUCAUCAACAUGACCGAUGGCAAUGGUAACACGGCCUUGCACUACAGCGUCUCCCACUCCAAUUUCACAGUGGUGGGGCUACUACUGGACACAGGCAUGUGUUGUGUGGAUAAGCAGAACAAGGCAGGCUACACUGCUAUCAUGCUGGCGGCCCUCUCAUCUGUUAAAGAGGAGGAUGACAUGGUGGUGGUCAGGAAGCUCUUCAGUCAGGGCAACGUCAAUGCCAAGGCCAGCCAGGCUGGCCAGACAGCGCUGAUGUUAGCCGUUAGCCAUGGACGGCAGGAGAUGGUGCGGGCGCUACUGGACUGCGGGGCUGAAGUGAACGUGAAGGAUGACGAGGGCUCCACGGCACUCAUGUGCGCCAGCGAGCACGGCCGAGCCGAGAUUGUCUCGCUGCUCCUGGAUCAGCCGGGCUGUGACAUCUCCAUCGUGGACAAUUGCUGCAGAUGGAGAGGAGAGCAGGGGAGGAAGCCACUAGAUUAUUGCGACGCAGCCAAGAAGUGAAUACAAAAACAUAUUACAUUUAUUUUAUAAAUCCUUGUUUGUUUCUUUUUUAAGUUGAUGCUCAUUUUUAAAUUCGCAAUAAGACAGAAUAUUUUUAUAAUCUGUACACCAGUGUUUUUCUACAGUAUGGCUUUACAGUGGAUUUUUCUCAGACUAGUUUGAACCUCCAGUCCAGACUGAUAUAUCUAAGAGAGCACAUCUGGGGCAAAAUGAGUUAGGCAUGCAGCACAUGGAUUGAGUUUCAGUACGAUACAGCUAGACUGAGAGGGGCUGGGAAAGUAUUUAGGAACAUGUUUUUUUCAACCUUGUGACAAUUGGAUACAGCUAAUUCUUCAGGAUUGUGAGGCAGACAGAGAUGUGGGUUAACCCUUUGCUGGUUUGAAGACCUAGACCAGGGUUGGGCAACCUUAAGGGACACUGUGGGUGCAGGGUUUUAUUUUAGCCAACCCGGAACACAACUGAUUAAUCUACCCAAUUUAAUCCAAUCACAAUUUUGAUAAACUACGAUUAGUUGGUGUGUUGCUUGGCUGCCUGGAAGAAAAGCCUGUACCCACACUGGCCCUUGCAGUGUAAGAUAGCCCACGCCUCACCUUGACUGUAUACAGUAAAGACACAGUUCUAUAUUGCAUGAAUGGCAUAUAGCUUCUUAUUCUUUCUAAACUGUGUGAUGAGGCUGUGAAUGGGCAGGAAUCUUAUCGGUGUCCCACCUCAAAGGGUUUAUCGCAAAGCCUGCUGUCCCUUUUGUCUUCCUACCUCUCUAGGACGGCAGUAAUGCGCUUUCCAUCGCCCUGGAGGCCUCUCACAAUGACACAGCUGUGCUACUCUA